GAGAAGACAACAAAAAAAAAACACAUAAACUUCAAAAUGGUUGCGAUAAUAUUUUGUGUGGUUAAGACACAUCACUUUGUUUUAAUCGAGAACAUUUUUAUGUAUGGCACCUAAUGGUAUUUUUGUGUUCGAUAAAAACAGGGUGUUCCGCGGUAAUAAUAACCAUUGUGCAUAGAUUUUCUAGUGCUUUAAAUAUUCGGAAAGGAUUAUAAUUGAUCAAAAUGUUUUUGGCACAACGUUUUCAUACAAAAAGAUUCAGUAGCUAAGACAGGACUUCACAUACAAACUCGGUAAAAGCACGAAGCUGAUAUGGCUGAGAAAUCAUGUUCACUUGGUGGUGGUGACAUUGAAGAUCAUGAUUUUGUUGGAACAUCUUCAGAUACAAACUCAAUUAUGAAUGUGUCACAGAUUUUAUCAUAUUCAACGGAUGCACAGACUAAAACUAAUGUGAAUAAAACGCACAAUAUUGGAGGGGGAUAUUGUCGCUUUCCAAAGUUGGAAGAAUGUGCUCACUUCCACUACGAACGUGUCGAACUAGGUCAGAUUUCUGUUCUCUUAGUUGAAGACAAAACUGAUCUGCAAAGCAGCAACGCAUCACAACAUGAAACAUCAUCACAAACGGCCACCAGCUGGUUUAUUAUUAAGGUGACGGCUGAGAAAUCCGAUCCGUACUUGAUAAGGCGAUCAUUUGAGAACUUGAAAAUGUUAGACGAAAUGCUUCAUCGAUGUGUCUACGAUCGAAAGAUUAGUGGUUUACGAGAACUGGACGAAGUAGAGAUAACUCCCGAUCUCCAAAUUGAGAACAUCGUAUCGACCUAUCUUACCAGAUUUUCAAAUAUUGCUUCCGAUUCGUUGACAUGCGGUCCCGUUUUGACUUGGUUCCAAUUGGAUAAUAAAGGACGACGUCUUCCAUUGGCCGAUAUGGACACGAUGAAAAGUAUCAACACUCCUGCAGUUGGUGCAGCAUACGGAAUUCGAAAAUACACCGCUCAAGCAUGUGACGAAAUUUCAAUCGAUGUUGGUGACAUGAUAUCCGUUAUAGACAUGCCCAGUCCUGCGGAAUCCACUUGGUGGCGUGGUAAAAAAAGUCACCUGCAAAAAAGUCAUUACGAAGUCGGAUUCUUCCCGCAAACUUGUGUUGCAACAAUCGGCGAUAAAGUUCCCCGUCAUUUAGUUCUUCCAGCGCCGUUAGUAGGAUCGUUAGCUGUUUCUCCAACGAAACCCGUCCUACGAAAGCAUGGAAAGCUCAUCGCUUUCUUUCGUAGUUUCAUUUUGUCACGACCCUCACGAAGACGUCUUAAACAGAGCGGAAUCUACAAAGAACGUGUAUUUUCCUGCGACCUCAGUGAACACUUACUUAACAGUGGUCAGGACAUUCCAAUGGUUUUAAAGUGCUGCUCCGAAUUUAUUGAAGAACAUGGGAUCGUUGAUGGCAUCUAUCGACUGUCUGGCAUUACUUCCAAUAUCCAAAAAUUACGCCGCAGUUUCGAUGAAGAACGUGUUCCAGAUCUUACGCAUCCAGAAAUACGACAGGACAUUCAUGCAAUGAGUUCGCUUCUAAAAAUGUAUUUCCGCGAAUUGCCGAACCCGUUAUGCACGUACCAAUUAUACGAUAAUUUCGUGGAUGCCAUACAGACGAAAGGAGAUGCAAGCUUAAGACUGAAAGUGAUGAAGGAAACGGUUCAAAAACUACCUCCACCGCACUAUAGGACAUUGAAAUACUUAGCGCAGCACCUGAACACAAUAGCCCGACAAUCGGUCAGCACAGGUAUGACUGAUCGAAAUUUGGCGAUAGUCUGGGCUCCAAAUUUGCUGCGCAGUCCGUCAUUGGAAUCGGGAGGUGUGGCAGCACUUCGUGGAGUCGGCGUUCAGGCUGUCGUUACCGAGUACCUGAUAACAAAUUGUGGACUAAUUUUCGAUCCGAAUGACGACUACGAAAGAUAUGAGUCACUGCAAUAUGAAUCAUCGCUUACUGACACAGAAUCAAUCCAAGUCGAACAACGAGAUCAUCUUGAUCAUUCGUGCAUCGAGCGACCGAAGAGUUUGAGUGUUGGAGGCCCAAAGCUCAUCAGUCUGGAAGAGGCACAAACUCGUCACAAUCGAUUAGAAUUUAUCGAUAUCAAUAAAUCCAACAUCAACAUGACGGGUGGUUCUAGUUCAUACAUAGAAGUUGGCGGUGGUCCGAGCAGUUUACCGGACAAGUAUCACACUGUUUUGCCAGUGCCUCGAAGCUGGCAAAAGCGGAAGACACAUUCUUGGAAGUCCCUAUUUACCAGAAAUACUCGAAACGCCAAUCAAGAUGUCAAUCCAACGACAGCGAAGAAGACAAUCGAGAUAUCCAGUCCUUGUCAGGUAGAAGUUAACGUCAAGCAUAUUUCCCUACGCAGCGAAACUGAGAAAAUGGCCAAAAGUAUUGACAUCUACGAAAGUAAACCAAUGGAAAUUUGUGUGCGCUCCAAUUCUAUCGACAGUUUGAGAACGGUCGGUCACAGUCGCAGUGUAUCGCAUGACUCUUACUUUGAUUUAUUGCAAUCACCGUUGCGUGGAGGCGUCACCAGUAGGGAAUUAUCGGAGCUCGGCAUCAAUUUCGAUCGGGAAGAGCCGGAGAUGAGAAUUUUCUCCGAAAGUGAAAGUUUGGUGAGCAGUCCUAAAGUUGCCAAAGAGACAUCACGACGGACGUUGCGCUCACGUCCAGAUGACUAUUCCAAUGUAAACAAUAGUGUAAACCCUAGUCCAAAGAAACAGCCUCGCCUUAAUUUGCAAAGUCCUACGGAUGGUGCUCGAUGGUCAGCGAUUAGCAAUACUCAAUCGAUUAGCACCGAUGAAAGUAUGUGCAAGCGUUAUAAGUUGGAAGAUCAACUGUCUGACAUACAGUUCAUCGACUGUACUACCCCAGAGCAUACAACUCUCAAUGCGAAUACAAUUUAUACGAGUGUUCAAAUCCAUAACGCGUCAUCGGCUUCAACGCCAACACCACCAACAUCACCUUUUGUUCACAUCCAAAAUGCACCAUUAUCGAGUGCCCGAAAUGCCGAUAAGGAAGUAUCGGUGGGAUUCAACAGAAACAGUUAUCCCGACACGAAGCACAAUGACCAAUCAACGUUGGAACGAAAGGAGGAACGUUUCAGCUAUCCGGGAAUGGGACGAAAAUUUACCGAUGACAAGAAGUAUGUUUGCCGUCUGCCAGUAAAUGAAGAUAUGAAUGCGAUAGCACAUCAUAAGAAAAUGUCGAAAGCCGGCCGCUUCAGUUACUGCGAUCCUAAUUCAAUAGCCGCGAACAAGGAACCACCAGUCUCGGCAAUUAAUUUGAUACUUCGCAGCUGUUCUGCAGAGUUGACAAAACAGAACGAUACGCAGCGAUCGAAGCUAAGCAUUGCAACACCAUCUAGUCCCAGUCAAUCGCCGAGAUAUUCGUUGCUAGUUGGGGAAACGAGCUCGGAAAACAGCAGUUCGCUAAAUACUCCCGUUUUUGAGAACAAGGAAUUCUCGACGUUAUUGUCUGAGACUAGCUCCAGUCAAAUUAUCACAAACACGAACCGUAGCAAUCCCGUCGAUGACAUGCAAAAUAUGGAAUCGUUGAAACAAGAACUAUCCCUCGAUCUGGAAGGCUCCAAAAUGUCAGUGGAUGACACGUCGUUGUCGUCCUUAAACAAACAAAUUAUAAACAUUCCAUCAACGCCUAACACUCCGAACUACACGCAUACCUCUGGAAACACUAGCCAAUCAAUGACUCCGAGCGAAUUCGGAUAUCAACAUCUGAACCGUCAGUCCGGUGCUGUAUCGUUGGAAAGUUCACCGAAAUCUUGUGACACAAAUUUGUAUGAGAAUUUGGAGCGAUCGUUUAGCAGCUACGAUGGAACGACACGGCUGAACAUAGCUCAGAAAAUAGCUCCAGCGAAAUCGUCUAGUCCUAUUCGAUCUACGAUUAACAUCACCUACAACCUGAGGUCCCCAGUGAGAAAUGCGACGCACGAAAAUAUAUUUUUUUCCGGUAACGCCGAUAGCAACAAAUCAAAAACAGUAUCUGGUGACUACGAGGUGGUGAAUGUGGUCAGUGAUUUAAAGAGCAAAACAACGAAACCAUUGCUGGAAACCAGUUUCGACGAGAACACGGUCUACGAGCAAGUUAAAUUCUUUAAAGGGGCUGUGUCUGAGGUCAAUUUAUUAUUGUUGGACAAUGGCAACGACAACGAGUGUGUAAAUGCUGAUUCAAAGCAACCGGAACUUGAGACUGACCUUUUACUGUUUUCAAUGGACGAUGAAGUGAAUGAUAGUGCGCCACAAGUCGUUCCCAACGUUGCGUUAGGAGCUACAAAGUCUGAGGAGGAUAGUAGUUCAACGUAUGCCUGUGCUGACGUCAAACGAAAAUUUGUUGAAAAUGACGAUGUGCUGAUGAGUGAUGACCAUGAUGUUGAUAUUCAAGACAGUCUCGAAAUGAAUUCGGAAUUUUCGUUGUACGAGAACGUUGAGUACCGUAAACCGACGAGCAUUUAUGAAAAUGUUAUCAUGAAGCCGAUAACCAAGCCGCAGGAAAGUAAGGAUGACAACGAGUCAAGCCAGGUCACCAUCAAGCAACCAGUCAACUUUAUCGUACGGCAAUUGGCCAAUAAAUUUGAAACUAGUCCGGUUGACUCGGCCCCGUUUGAUUUGAUCAAACCUUCCGCAAAAAAACUGGACACAAAUCAAAACUCGCCCAGCCUAUUCAAAUCCAAGAUGGAUAACAAGCAAUUGCACAAAACAGUUAAAAUUACUCGUAGCUUGGACGAAAAUGCAUUCGAACGCGAAUUUGGCAGCAUCUGCAAAUUGGAUGGAGUCACAAAGGGUAGUCAACAGAUACCACAAAUCGAUUGUGUAAGCCGGCGAAUGUCUCUGGAGUAUAUUCGACCGAAGACGUUGAAUCCCCCGAAGCGCUUACCUGAUUUGGAUGACAAUGAAACUGAAAUUUGCAAAUCGGAAGGUAAAUCUACCCUCAAACCGUCGAGUGCCAAGAAAGUGUCAGACGAUGUGGCUGUGCAGUCGGCACCGAUAAAAAUUACGCCAACCACCGAAAAUCCAAUAUCACUGAUUCAGCACAAUGUAAACGUUGAUAUGCCUAGCAUUGAGGGCGCAGGCGGUCCGACUGUCUCGAAUGACGAUGAAAAGAACCCGACUAUGCUAACGAAUAUUAAAGUUCUGGGAAGCUUUAAGCUCGAUCGCGAACGAAUCGAAAAAAUCAAAGAGGAACGUCGUCACCAGUUAAGCGAAAAAUUCCGGUCGGAAUCGUUCCGCGGCAGUGAUCACAGUGAAUACAAAAAGGAAAAAUCCAAAUCCAAAAUUGAAUUGCGUGAACUUAAAGAUAUUGAACCAAAGAGCGAAUCACUACGCAGCAAAGAAUCAUCGAUCGGCGAUUAUACGUCAAGCCAUGCAACGCUUGGCCUAAUUUCGAAUCGAGUGAGGCGAAUUAGUGAUGAGAAGAAUCAAAACGAGUGUGUCGAUUACAUGCUAGACGAUGCAAAAAUGACGGAUGUUAGAGAGAAAGCGGUCACGAAUCGGGUGCGACGAUUUGAUGAGAAUGACUUCGGACGAGAUCGUGAUAAUUACUCGACGAAUGGUCAACAGAUGAUUAGUGCUGGUAGGAGCAGUCUCGGGUCGCAACGAGAACGAAUAUCUCCUCAAUUUUCGAUACGUGACGUUCGGACAAUGUUCGAAUCUCGUUCACAGAACCAGUGAGAGGAUUUGUGUGAUCCAUUUAUUUAUGUACAUAAAGUACCACUGCAAUCAUCAUCAUCUAUAGGAUGACAAGACCACCGUUUGCAGAUAUUGUGUUGGCGCGAUUCAUUUUAACAUUUACUUGCACGUCGCUGCUGAAACAACAUUUGCCGGAAAUCGUUUUGUCAUCAUCCCAAUGUCAUUACUAUGCAAGUAUGUACUAUGAAGCAACUUAAACUGCCAAAAUUGCAAGUUUUUAAAAAAUGUCGUUUAUACGUUUAGAUGAAUAGCUUUAAUCUUCCCGAUGAGACACUAUUUUUUUAAUGUAAGAUAAACAAUGUAAUUUUCAAACGUUUUCGGUCCCUCUGACACAAAUUUCUUUGACCUUUAAAACAAUGUAAAAGUUUAAAGCUUCAGUAUACAACCGGUCGGUGAAAUGAAAUACCACUCGAGUUGACAAUUUUGACAGAUGGGUCAUACAUUUGCUGUCAAAAUUUAGAGUGAAGAACAUGUGAAAUAUAAAUAAUUGGUUUGAAAACGAAAGGAUAACUUAGCCUUGCCCCAAAACAGUUGAAAUGGAUUUUUUUAUUAUUUUAAAACAACGCAUUUAGAGCUUCAUUUGGCGAUGUCCUCAAUGUUAACGACACAGUUUCAGUUUCAAAUCGACAAUGUCAGAAUUUCAGUUUCAUAUUGAUUUCGGUUGGUUGUUUUUAUAAGUUCCAACAGUUCCACACUGAGCUGAGCUUAUUUAGACUUAUAUUUAUGCCAUAAAAUUGACAUCUUUCAUCUUUUUCAAAAUUUUCGACUGUGACGCAGCUUAAAUUCAACCUUUUUUCUUCUACGUCGGCAAUCGUUACACUUUUAAGCAUUCCGUUCGUUCAAAAGUCUCUUCUCAGGAGCCAAUAGUGAUCUGAGCAAUCUUUACAUUUCAUUACGCGACUGUAAAAAAAUCCCACUUUCUUAUCUAACUGUUACUUCUGUACCUCUGAUUUCGUAUGCUAUUUGAAAUGGCAAAUGAAAGAAAUCAGAAAAACCCUCGGAGAAACCAAGACCCUAAAAUCAACUUCUAAUUAUUUGGAAGUUUAUAAAAACCUCGAAUACGUUGUGUACUGCAAAAAAAACCACUUUGUUUAGUCUACACACAAACAUAGGAAUUUGCUCAUUUCGUUUCAAGCACUGUUCUUCAUAUAAACAAACAUGCAUACAAUGCAAAUCACAUAUUUCAUAUUCCAACAAAACAGUCACCAGUUAUAGAUUUACUUCCUCAAUUUCGAUCUUACUUCCACAUCAAAUUCCUCAAUUACGACUAUGUUGUUCAAUCCUAUUGCUCAGUACCUCAAACUUCCAAUUCCACGCGAUCACUUCCUUCCAUCGGUCUUUGAACGGAUAUCAGCUGGACUACGGCUUUUACACCAUUCCCAACACCACUAAUAAUCCAAUUCACGAUGUAACUUCCGUAUCAACUUCCUGUUCUGUUUCUGAUGUAACUUCCAUGUUCCAUUUCCACAUUCCGUGACUUCCUAGCUUGUAAUUACCGUAACUUCCUCGAUCGCUUUACUCGUUCUCGCGACCGUGUCACAGCUUCCCAUACAAACGUAUCAUCAUUUCCUUUCCAUGACUUCGUCGAUUGAAACUGCCAUGACUUCCUCGACUGCUUUACUCAUUCCCACAAGCGUAUCAUGGCUUCAUGUACAACCGUGUCAUUUGAUUUCUCUUGUUUCACUUCAUAUUCGUAGACAUUUUCCAUAACCGUUGCCAUUUUCUUGUCAUUCUUUUACACAAAAUUUAUUUCUUUUCAAUAAACCAAAAGAAAUUUCGCAGUCCACCUUGUGCUGGGCCCAUAACCUGUUGGUUUUCCAGUUUCCCAAUGACGAAAGUAAAACGACUGAGUACAAAAUAAAUGGAAUUUAUUAAACCAACGUUCGAAUAGUUUGACUGAUAUAAACGAAUUGACUGCAUUAUACUAAGGCAUACUAGUUUAGACACACGUCUACUAGAUCAUGCAAUUAGAUAUCCAACAUGUGGACCAUUGCCAAGUACUCUAAUGAGCUAAUUAUUACAUGAUAUGUUCACAAACUUUAUAAAAACUUUCACGGAGUGAAAACGCCUUAGCGAAUUCAAAUUGUGCGCCAAAAUAGCAUUAGAAUCACUUAAUUGACUGUGACUGAGAACAUCGACGAACUUCAAAACUCUGAUAAAUCUAAAAUUGUGAUCUCUUAAGGCGAACAGACUGUACUGUUGAGAUUUAGAUUUUCCAUGUUAUUGGAGGCAGAUCAUCGUGGAUUCACACCUCUAAAGCAUUCAUGAGUCUUCAGGAUUUCUAUUUUCAUUUCUAUGAAUAGUAAUUGACAUCUCGUUAGUGUUGAUAGUUCUCACCACGACGGUUGGAUUGUUCUAGAAUAGUCAAAUCCUUUGAGAGUCAAGACAUUGAAACAACGUAAAACUUCAGUCAAUGCUAAUUUCCUUAAAGAAAUUCAUCUUAGGAGCUCAGCUUACCCUGAAAAUAUGGUCUAGUUACGGCCCUGAUAACCAUGGAGACAGUGUGGGAAAAAUCAAGGCUGUAUACUUUGGGGAGGUCACGCAGAUGCACAUAUGCGGGUUACACACCAAAUUUCAUACAAAAAAUUC